AUGAAUUCUUUCGGGCUCUGUGUGCUAUCUGGGUAUCGAUGUUCCGAGGCACAGCGAGAGUUGUCGGAUCGGCUGCUAGCCGAGGCGACGCUCGCAUGCGAGUCUGCCAAGGAAAUCGUAGAAACUAACAAGGAGGAGACGGAUCACCGACUGCUGGAGAAGCUCAACGACAUCGAAUUUCGUAAGAAGGAAUUACUGCGGAUACGAAAGGACAGCGUUCUGGAACUCGAUGCGCUGUCCGUGUACGAACAGCGAGUUACGAACGUGCUGAAGUCUGUAAAGAGAAACGCUCUCGCAAUUAGCGAAAAAUGUCUCGUUGCUAGGGAGCGUAGAUUGGGCAUCGACUUGGUCCACGAUGACGUUGAGAGGAGUCUGCUGAAGGAGCGCGAGGUGAUACGAGGAGCGGAGCGUUUGCUGGAUCGAGUCCUGGCCGAAACUCGCGAGCAAAUCCGUAAAUUGAAAGCCACGUUGUAUCACAUCGAUCACGAUCUCGAAAAUAAGGAGUGCAAUUUACGUAUCGAUCGUCGUAACGUGACUCUAAGGGAGACCGAUUUCAAUCUGAGUAUCUAUCACGCGGAUAUUUCGCGUCUCGACAAAUCGGUAAUAAUGCUAAAUGAAUGGGAACUGCAAUCAAACAGCAAUGUUAUCGAUGCAAAUAAAGAAAUGAAUUGUGCGAAGCAACUGCGCUGUUACAUCGAUGCGAUAAUUAAGCAAACGAUUGAUGAUUUAAAUAGACAGAAAAAUGUCACAAACGAAGCUUUCAGGCAGCGCAUCGAGCAGACCCGGGAAGCUAAAACCAAACUGGAACUUCAGCACUCGGAGAUAAUAAAACAAGUUACCGCUAUGUCGGGUAAAAUCACGUACAUAAAAAAGUCAAUAGCUGACAAAGAAGGUUACACGGCACUGGCUCAUACAAGACUAGGUCAUCGAUGUCAACGUCCAGGAAUUGAACUUACUCAGGACUUGGUCGAGGCCAAUCUCGUGAAGGAGAUACACGAAUUACGAAAUGUCGCGGCGAAUCUGCAGCGAAUGCUUCGCGAGGCAGAGACAUCGCUACGGUUCUUGCUUAAAACGCAAGUUCAACUGGAGGAGGAUAUUAACGUGAAGACAAAUACUUUGAAAAUUGACGAGGUCGAAUGCAUGACUUCACGUCAAAGUAUAGAUUAUCACGCGUAUUAAAACGCUAAUAUUAAAGCGUUUAUAUUCUAUACAAUAUAUUUACGAUUUCUUCAGUUUUGCCGUAUCUUGAACGUGAUGUAAUGUAUUUUAUUAUCCAUCAAAAUUUUCGUGCUACAUAAAUUUUUAUAUACAUGUAUAUCUUUUUAUAAAAUAUAUAUAAUCAAAUUACAAGUGUGAUACGUAAAAAGGUACCC